AUGAAGGCCAUCAUAGACCUGAUGGAUAAGGCGUAUCUCUUCGACAAGGGAUACGAUAUGCACACCGACAGGUGGUAUUCCUCACCGACUCUCUUCAACCACCUGCAGGCCCGGAAGACCAACGUUGUUGGUACAGUCCGCCCCAACAGGAGGGGCAUGCCAGCGGACCUGCAGCCGAGUCGGGGACUAAUCGACUUCCGGAGUACACCGACCAGAAUGAUGUGCCUUCAGUGGGUGGACAAGCGUGCCGUCACGAUGCUCUCCACCGCCCACACCAGCAGGAUCGUGACCCUGCCUCCAAACCGCCGAGGGGAACAGAGGUCGAAGCCCGAAGUCGUUGUGAGUUACAACAACAGGAUGAAGGGCGUCGAUCUCUCGAAUCAGCUGGCGCGGUCAUAUCCAUUAGCAAGGAAAACCAUCAAGUGGCACAAGAUCUUCAAUCUACUGGAUAUGACAGUCGUCAAUGCGCUGGCUGUCCACCGGGUCCUCGGCGAGAAGCUCACUCAGGCGGACUUCAGGCUGGAGUUGGUUCGCGGACUUCUGCAGCGGGGAGGACGCCCGGGAUCGUUCAGAAGAGUUCCACCGCGACAGCAAGAGGAGCAGGACGACCAGCAGACACACAUGCCAGCAGACACACCUUUUAGGUGUUGGAGGAGGUGUUUGCACUGCUGGAAUGUACAUCGAAGAAGGAAGGAGACCAGGGUAAUGUAUACAAGCUGCAAGAUCUCUCUGUGUGCUUCUCCUUGCUUCAAGGAGUUCCACACUUGA